AUGAUUGCUAGCGGCGAUCAUAAGGUCAGCAUUGAUAAGCUUGAAGGACCUGAGGACAAAUGGAAAUGGCAUAUUUCCAUGGUGCAGCGUUCAUAUGGACUAGAAGAUAUUAUUAACGGUACACGUGAACGUGUAGAGUUGCCGCAAGAUACGACAAGUGCACAAAAAGAACCGUAUGUGGAAUGGCAUGAGGACGACGCAAAGGCAGCAAGUCUUAUAGCAAGUACACUAAGUAAACCUAUUGCAGAACUUGUCUUAACGUGCAAAAAUGCUACAGAAAUCUGGGACAAAUUACGUGCCCGAUUUGAACGUAGCAGUACUCAGUGUUUGAAUAUGUUGAUUGAAACAAUUUUCCGUGUUAAACGUGAUGAAACGGAAGAUAGUAGUGCACGUGUGGCCAAACUGCAAAAGUUAUUUGUGGACCUGAAUGAUGAAUUAGCAAAACAUGACGAAAAUGCGCUAUCUGAAAGAAUGUUAAAUGGUCGAAUUUUGUCUACACUGGGAAAAGACUACGACAGUUUUAAGUAUCUCUUGGAUAUGGUACCGACAGAAAAGCAAAGCUUGAAUUUAUUUAUUGAAAAACUCUGUACUACUGAACUGCGUGAACAAGACAUUAAUGGAAGUGCAGCUUUUGUCGUUUCUAAAACAAGAAAAGGGCAAACAAGUAAUCAGCAAGUAAAGAUGACGAACUCACAGUUAAAACAGAAGUUUCCGUGUAAUAUAUGCAAACAAUUAGGUCACUGGGCAGCAGUGUGUCCACAGAACACUCGUGACAGCAAUAAAACAAAAGAGAAGAAGCGAGAAAGUGAACACGCUGCAUUUACUUCAUACGCUGUGGGUGUGUGUACCAGUAAUCACAAUCACCCAAAUAAAUGGUAUUGCAACAGUGGCGCUACAAAUGCAUAUCACUCCCAAGAAACAGCAUUUUCUUUUGUAUAG